AUGUUUUCUCGACUCACUACCUAUGUCCGUCGACUUUUGUCUCCACCGAGUGGAUCGCGUAAACGACGUCGCGACCGCAACCGGGGAUUCCCGUACCGCACCCCCACGGCUCCGGUAACUGCGACGGAUAGCGAUAUCGACCGUAAAGUUGACGAUACUAUAACUUCACACGAGGCCGUCAAUGCGGUUGCAACCACAAACCUCCAAUUGCCACCUCCAAUCCCCGUUUUCGAGUUCGAGUAUGAGCCCGAAUACGAUAUGGAGUCAGAUUCCAGCUCCGAAUCUCCCACGGAACCCGAUACUACGGCCAACGAAGACACUCCUGCUCCGGAGGUCCUUGUGGCUAAAACCUCUGGUGCCCUGUCGUCGUCUCAUAGCACUACCAGAAGCCAAACGUAUACAGUCACUAGUAACGCCCGCCGCGCCCUCGCACGGCUCGCCAUGCGUGAGCUGUACAGCAGCUCCGAGGUCCGAAUUGUCUGUAAGACCCAACUCACCCACGCCGAUAUGGACCGACUCUUUGACACCUCCGAUGCCCGCAACACCGUCAUGUUGCUAUUUACCGCCCAGCACAAUCCCGACGUUGCCGACACCAUCGUUACUCAGCUUAUUUUGCGCAACCGCUUCUCGGACAUUUCCCAGCUACGCCGCUUCCCCUACAAGUCCAGCGAGCUGUUGUGCACCCUACUCACCGUCGCCGCGGCCCGAAACUACCUGUGUACGGUGCGCCACAUCCUCCAUUCACCCACCUUCCAGAGGUCGCCCCGCAACUCGGAUGCUCUCGUCCAGGCCGCCAUCCACGGCCACACGGCAGUUGUCCACACCAUGUGUGCCGACCACCGCAUAGACCCCACGGCCUUCCGCUGUCUACCGCUGAUCAUGGCCUGUCGUCACGGCAACAUGUCUGUGGUGCGCAUCCUCAUGACCCACUCCGGUGUGCGAGCCAGACUUGCGGAAUCCGACUCGUACGUGACCCGUGCCCUGUGCGAGGCCGCCCGGACCGGCCAGUUACCGGUCGUUCGCAUGCUGUUGGUCGACCCGCUUGUUAAUCCGGCUGCCUGUGACAAUGCGGCCCUGCAGAACGCCAUCUGUGGCAACUCAGUGACUGUCGUGCGCAAACUGCUCACCGAUACCCGCGUCGACCCGUCGAUUCCAGUUAACGGAGCUUAUCUGGGUGGCCACACCAGGACCCGUGACAUGACCACCGUUCUUGUACAGGCCUGCAGUGCCGGAAACCCCAACACCGUGCGCCUGCUCCUUUCGGAUCCACGCAUCGACCCUACUGUGUUUGAGAAUCGGGCUCUCGUCGUUGCCGUUAUGAACGACAAUGUAUGCAUUGUGCGCAUGCUGCUCGGAGUCCCUGAGAUUGAUCCCUUUGCGCACGAGUCCAAGGUCCUGGUCGCCGCCAUCGCCAAACGCAGCUCGGAUGUGGUCGAAAUUUUGGUCACGGAUCUGCGCAUUGACCAGACCUCGUAUGACAAUGCACUAGAACUCUGCAGCGGCUCGGGCUUGUUGCACUGUGUAAAAUUGUUACUGGCCAACACCGAGUACGAACCCACCUCCGACACCAACCGGUCGCUGGACAUGGCCGUCUACUUUCGCCACUUCCACGUCGCCAAUGUGCUGAUGCGCGACGGGCGGCUCCGGGCCUUGGGGUUAGACGUUCGACGUAAAAUUUUGCUUCGACGAGACGGGGUUGACUGGUGA